AUGGGACUCGACUGCAAGAAGGUUCUUUUGUUCUCUGCUUUCUUCUUGUCGGGCGCAGUCAUCGUACUAAUACCAUGUGUUGUAGUUAUCGCUCGACGUUCCAACAAUUGCCCUGUCCAAACGACGACUACAGUGACGACGCCUCCAUUAACGAUAGUGACGACGUCACCAUUAACGAUAAUGACAACGUCACCAACCACAACAUGGAACGCCAGUGAUUAUCAAUCAAACAGUGAAUACUAUCAAUCAUUGAUAAAUCCACGUAAUUUUGAUCAAUCGGACAAUCUUCGUUUGGACCGUCUUUCAUCGCCUCAAUUUCAUCCGAUUAAUGGAAAAAGUGUAAUCUAUUUAAGACGACAGUAUCACAUGCCUGAUUUACGUGGAUCAACAACAACUUUGCAUUGGCUUGAUUUAGAAACGAACACGACUGUUCAAUUGACACGACCCAUUUGGGGCAUACAUGAUCAACAAUUCUUUUGGGUCGAUAAUAAUACGAUUCUAUUUUUGUCUAAUCGAGCAUCAUCAGAUCUUAGGCAAAUUUUUCAACUUACACUUUCUGCGAAUGUAGCACAAACGGCGGAUUUCAUCGACCCGAUUCAAAUAACAAAUUAUCCAUUGAAUAUUGAUAAUCUUUUAGUUAACCGGCAAGCAUCACGUCUGGCAUUCAGCUGCCAAGUCUAUCCUAAUUUAACUAUCGAAGAAACAGCUGAUCGACAAAUGGCCGAGAAAGCUAGCGACCGUUCGAUUUAUCAAUUCGAUAAAAUAUUCGUUCGUCAUUGGGAUGAAUAUAUGACAGGCCGGCGUCACCAUCCAUUUCUUGUUCAAAUCGCACGACAAAGCAAUGGAAUAUUCAAUUUUUCAUCUAAACCGAUUGAUGUACUGUUCUCUGUGGAUAGUGAUUCACCAACAAGACCUUUUGGCGAUGCUAAAGUUCAAUGGUCAUUUAGUGCAACUGGUAAUUCGUUUGCGUACACUCGACAAUACGAUGAAACGAGUGCAGUAACUUGGACAACCAAUUUAGAUAUAUGGACAGUUGAUCUGAGUAUACCGGGACACUUAAGUGUGUGCAUUACAUGCGAUAAUGUGGCAACCGAUACGGAUCCAUCUUAUUCGCCAACAGAUGAUAGCAUAUUAGUUUACCGAUCACAUUCAAUUCCAGGCUACGAGUCUGAUCAAUUCAAAGUUAAAAUAUACAAUAGAUCGAGUACGACAAUAAUUGUUCUCGACAACGGUGAUCGAAGUAUUCAAGCUGUGACAUGGUCUCGCGAUGGUCAAUCCCUUUAUCUUGAAAUCGGCGAAGAAGCAGACAAUGUGAUCUACUAUUUAUCCAAUAUAUUUACAGAUCGAUCGAUCAUUCUACUGAUUAGAAAUGGUACUUCGCACAAUGUCAAUGUUCAUCCUAUCGAUAAUCUAAAGUUUGUCUUCACACACGAAAGUAUUCUCGAACCGGCAAAUAUCUAUUUAUAUUCGUCGAAUGGUUCAAUUCGACCUCUCACCGAUCAUAACAAAGUUCUAUUGAGUAAAGUAAAAAUGAGUAUUGUAGCCGAUAAAUUUUCGUUUUCUGGCUAUCAAAAUGAUACAGUUUGGGGAUGGCAUGUGCCACCAGCGAACGGCACAGAUAGUUCAGCUCCGCUUGCUUUUCUCAUUCAUGGUGGGCCACAAAGCAGUUGGUACGAUGCAUGGAGCUAUCGAUGGAAUUUUCAAUCGUUUUCUUCUCAAGGCUACGCUGUUAUUGCCAUCAAUUUUCAUGGUUCCGACUCUUAUGGACAAAAUUUUACAGACAGUAUUAUAGGUCAAUACGGUUCUUUUCCUUACGAAGAUCUUAAAUUAGGACUUUCUUAUGCUUUGAACAAAUUUCCUUAUAUUAAUUCGAGUCGAGCUGCAGCGUUGGGUGCUAGCUAUGGUGGAUUUAUGGUUAACUGGAUUGCUGGACAUCCUGAAAUGAGUCUUCGUUUUAAAACGCUCAUCUGUCACAAUGGUGCACUUGAUACGAGAGCCAAGAGUUAUUCCACAGACGAACUAUGGUUCAAUGAGCACGAUGUAGGAAAUUUCACUCCAUGGGAUAAUCCAGCUGUCUAUGAAGAGUUUAAUCCAGUCAAUCACGUUGCAAAUUGGACACAGCCAAUGUUAAUUAUUGUUGGUGCUCAUGACUACCGUAUACCAGAAACGCAAGGAAUUGGCUCCUUUACAGCUUUGCAGCGUCGUGGCAUCCCGAGUCGGUUGCUAUAUUUCCCAACCGAAAACCAUUGGGUACUAAACCCGCUACAUUCGGUUGCCUGGUAUGAGGAAGUACUCGGUUGGAUGCGCAAAUACACAAGCUAA